AACGCUUAGGAAAUUGUUUAUCUUAAGAAGUGUUAAUAUAUUAUUAUUAUUGUUAUUAAACUGAUAUAUAGUUCUAAACUUUGAUUUUAACAAUGGCGGAUGCAGACGAUACUUCCAAUACUGAAAAAGACAAUUCAAAAAUAUGCAUUUUAUUAAAUGCAACUGGAAAUGUUCCAAUCAUUAAAAAGAGAAAAUGGACUGUUGAUCCAAAUAAAACUGUGAGUUGGAUACAGAAAUUUAUACAUCAAUAUUUAAAACUAGAUGCCUCUGAACAAAUUUUUCUCUACGUCAAUCAAACAUUCGCUCCAGCUCCAGACCAAAUCGUUAAAAAUCUAUACGAAUGCCAUGGCACAAAUGGAAAAUUGGUAUUGUACUAUUGUAAAAACCAAGCGUGGGGAUAAAUCAAUAAAAAGCUAAAAUCAUUUAUAUUAAAUUACUUGUUUUUGUUUUGUUUAUUUGCAGCUUAUUACAUUAAAGAUCUUUUUUGAACUA